CGAAAUAUUCGCGACGGAAGUAGUUCCGGAUGUGGUGCACACGUGAAUAUCACUACUAGCGUUCACGAAUUGUCACUAUGACAUGAUUGUACAAACCCAUUGGAUCAGUUUGAAGUGAAUUUGAAUUUCGGCAUCAGUUGUUUUGAGAAGAACAAGGUCUUACAUCACAGAUCUCAGAAGUGUGAAUAUGGAGGAAAAGGUGCAGAAACGGCAUCAGCAGAAGCAAAGUGGUCCCAAGGCUAAGAAGAAGAAGAUGAGGCAGCAGGGUACAGAGCUGGAGCAGGAGGAGCGCAAAAGGAAUCCAAAAGCAUUUUCAGUGCAUUCGGCUGUGCGAAUGGCCAGGACCUUCCACAGGACUCAAGACAUAAAAACCAAGAAACAUCAUAUACCUUUGGUAGACCGUACACCUUUGGAGCCACCACCUGUCGUGGUGGUUGUGAUGGGGCCCCCGAAAGUGGGCAAGAGCACCCUGAUCCGUUGCCUGAUCAAAAACUACACACGGCAGAAGCUUUCAGACAUCUGUGGCCCUGUAACCAUAGUAUCAGGGAAGAAACGGCGUCUGACCUUUAUCGAAUGUAACAAUGAUAUCAAUACCAUGAUAGAUUUGGCAAAGGUUGCAGACCUGGUCCUGAUGCUGAUAGAUGCUAGUUUUGGCUUUGAGAUGGAGACCUUUGAGUUCCUCAACAUCUGUCAGGUCCAUGGUUUCCCUCGUGUCAUGGGGGUGCUCACACAUUUGGACUCCUUCAAAAAUAACAAGUCACUCAAUAAGACCAAGAAACGUCUCAAACAUCGCUUCUGGACUGAAGUUUACCAGGGAGCCAAGCUAUUUUACCUGUCUGGGAUGGUGUAUGGCGAGUACCAGACACAGGAAGUGAAGAACCUUGGACGAUUCAUUUCAGUCAUGAAGUUUAGACCCUUGGUGUGGCAAACCUCUCACCCUUAUGUUGUGGCUGAUCGGAUGGAAGAUCUAACUGAACCAGAGGCUAUUCGAUUAGAUCCUAAAUGUGACAGAACUGUCUCUCUGUAUGGCUACCUGCGUGGGACGUUCCUGAAGAACAAAGGCCAGGUUCAUAUUCCAGGAAUAGGAGACUUCUCUGUGUCCGACAUCAGCUUUCUUCCUGACCCGUGUCCGCUGCCGGAUAUGCUGAAGAAGAGAGCUCUGAAUGAGAAGGAGAGACUGCUCUACGCUCCCAUGGCAGGGGUUGGAGGAGUGGUGUAUGAUAAAGAUGCAGUGUACAUUGACAUGCCUGUUGGCCACGUGAAACAGGACCAGGAGGAGUUGCGUCCUGCCACAGAGCUGAUGCAAUCCCUCAUGGGCACACAAGCCACUCUGGAUGUCAAGAUUGCUGCCAGCAAAGUUUCACUGUUCACAGGAACUGCAGCACUGACUCCAGAGGAAGUGCAGGAGAAAAGCGGAAAGGAAGGACCUGUAGAGAGCCGAGUUUGGGACCAGGAGACUCAGAGAGAGAGGAGGAAAGCUGUCUUUAGCGAUGAUGCAGAAACAGACAAUGGUGAAGGAAUUGACGAAGAAGAGUCUGAUGAAGGUGAAAGCAAGGAGGAAAAGGCAGAUGAGGAGGAGGAUGAGGAGGAGGAAGAGCACGAUGAUGAUGAGGAAGAGGAGGAGGAUAAAGAUGAUGAGAGCAAAUUGGACAAGAGUGAAGUGGCAAAGGAUGGAAGGAAAACGGUGAAAGAGGCAGCUCCUCCCAUGAAGAGACAGAAGCUGGAGCAAAAUGGAAAAGACAGCAUGCCUGUGGUAGAGAUGCCUGCAUUUGCAGACAGUGAUGAUGACUUGGAGAACAGUGAUGAAGAAUCAGAAGGAGAAGAGACUGAUGAGGAUGAAGAGGAGGAAAUGGAAGAAGAGAAACAGAAGACUAAAAAAAGCAGCUCAGCACCUCUGGACUCUGGUCACUGCUCUGAAGAAGAGGAUGAUGAUGAUGAUGAUGGAGAGGAAGUGCAAGGCGAUAGUGACUCAGAAAUGGAAGAACAAAUAAGUGUUAAACCAACAUUAAGAGAGGCUACAAAGCUAAAGACAAGUGAUGAGGAGGAGAUGGAUGCAGAAGAUGGAGAGCUGGGAUCUGAAACUGCUGGAGCACUGCGUUGGAAAGAAGAUUUGGCCCGGAAAGCCAUGGAAGCGUUUCAGAGACGACAACGUGCUGCACCUAACCUACGCAAGCUGGUGUAUGGCACAGUGGUGGAGGAGGAGGAGGAAAACAGUGAGGAGGAGGAGUUGGGUGGGCUUUUCCGAGUUAGUCGGCCAGAGAAGAGUAAGAAAUUAAGAGCGGAUGCUGUGGACUGCUCACGUUUCCAGCCUGAUGCCAGCCAUGACUGGGACCAGGAGGAGAUGUUGGCCUCCAUAAGGGACUGCUUUGUAACUGGAAAAUGGGAAGGAGAUAAAGACGCUGCUACUCUGCUUAAAGAGGAUGAUGAAAUGUAUGGAGAUUUUGAAGACCUGGAAACUGGAGAGAUUCACAAAGCAAAGUCUGGGAAGGGAGAUGAAGCGGAGCAGGGAGAGGAGGAGGAGGAGGAGGAGGAGGAGGAAGAAGAGGCACCCAAAUUAGUGAAGAUUGAUGAUGAUGAAGCUCAGAAAAACAAGCGUCUGGAAAAGAAAAAGAGACUGAAGGAGAGGUUCAAUGCGGAGUAUGAUGAUGAUGCUACCUACUUUGAUGACCUCAAAGAGGAGAUGCAGAAGCAGGCUGAGCUGAACAGGGCUGAGUUUGAGGACAUGGAUGAUGAAACUCGUGUUCAGUAUGAGGGCUUCAGGCCUGGCAUGUAUGUGCGUCUGGAAAUCCCUGCACUUCCGUGCGAGUUUGUUACCAACUUUGACCCACAUUAUCCAGUAAUACUCGGUGCCUUGGGAGCCAGUGAAGGCAAUAUUGGCUAUCUGCAGAUGCGUUUGAAGAAACACCGCUGGUUUAAUCGUAUCCUGAAGACCCGUGACCCACUCAUUCUAUCGUUGGGCUGGAGACGUUUCCAGACCAUUCCUCUCUACCACAUUGAAGACCACAAUGGCCGCCACCGCCUGCUCAAAUAUACUCCUGAACAUAUGCACUGUGGCGCCUCUAUCUGGGGACCCAUCACACCCCAGGGGACAGGUUUUCUUGCUGUUCAGAGUGUUGCAGGGACUCAAGCAAAUUUCCGUAUUGCUGCCACUGGAGUUGUCUUGGACUUGGACAAAUCUGUGACCAUUGUGAAGAAGCUAAAGCUGGUUGGAUACCCUUAUAAGAUUUUUAAGAACACCUGCUUUGUCCAGGGAAUGUUUAACACAGUGCUUGAGGUGGCAAAGUUCGAGGGUGCCUCUCUCCGCACGGUCAGUGGGAUCAAAGGUCAGAUUAAAAAAGCUCUGCGGACACCCCCGGGAACCUUCCGAGCCACAUUCGAGGAUAGGCUCCUCAUGAGUGAUAUUGUGUUUCUGCGCUCCUGGUAUCCUGUCUCAGUUCCUCAGCUGUAUAAUCCAGUGACAUCUCUUCUGAUGUCUGUUGGUCAGAAGGACAAGUGGACGGGUAUGAGGACCCUUGGGCAGCUUAAGCAUGACUUGGAAAUAAGGAACCAACCCAACCAAGACUCUUUGUACAAGCCGAUUGAGAGGCAGAAGAGACACUUCAACCCCCUCCGUAUCCCCAAAGAGCUGCAGAAAUCUUUGCCAUUCAAGAGCAAACCCAAACUGCAGGAGGCCAAGGGCAAAAUCCCCCGGGACCUGCAGAGACCCGUCGUGAUCCGGGAGCCCCACGAGAGGAAGGUGGCAGCGUUGCUUGAUGCCCUGAGCACAGUCUACUCUCAGAAGUCGAAAAAGGCACGAACAGAGCAGCACACGAAGCACAAAGAAUUCCUGAAGAAGAAAGAGAAGCAGGAGUCAGAGAAGCUGAAGAGGCAGAAGGAAGAGCGGAAAAAGGUGUACCGUGCUAUGGGACAGAAAGAGAAGAAAAAACUCAAGGCCAGCCUGAAGGGAGCUUCUAAGGAUGACUGAGCAUGUUGUACCUAGUGCUGCUGGACUUCAGCUCUGACUCCACUGGACCCCCAAUAACACAGGCUUUACACCAGCUGAUGUGUAGGCUCUAGUGUGGAGAUGUACAAUGUUAUGUGAGACAUGGACCACUGUCUUGUAUGUAUUUAACUGUACAAACAAGAAUCAUGUGUAGUGGUGCUACUGCCCAGCUGUUUGUGAGACUCAAAUGUGAGGAUUAUAGUCACCAUUCACAUGUGACUGUCACACUGAUACCAUGUAAAUGCUUUGUAAUGUUGGUUUUAAUAAAAGUAACUAAUGUGUA